GAUUUCGUGCUUGAUCACCUCCUCGAGGGGAAAUUGCUGGGGCGAGCAGCAGCGACACCUCGGACGCACGAUGGACCGAAUACGCCUCCUCGAUCUCCCGCGAGAGGCGCUGCUGCUCUAUCACGCCCAUCGAGUGGAAGUACUCCUCUCUGCCGGCAUUCUGCUGGCCGCGAUUCGUCUGCUCGUCCAUUGGAGGAGUAAGAAAGCAAAAGCGCUUCUGACGCCACCUUUGGGUUCGCCAGUCCGAGAGAAGCCAUUACAGCUGGUCGAUGAGAAGAAGGCUGCGAGCAGUAGUAUACCACAAACACUACCGGCAGAGCCAUUAAAACCAAAAGGGCCCAAACGCGUCAAAGGCGUGCGGACGGCAAAGCGUAAGGACAGUCCCGUCAGGGCGAUUGAUCAGAUUCAACCAUAUGUCUUCUACUAUUCUCUUGGAGGGUCAACGCGAGCGUAUGCAGAGAAAUUGGCAUCGACGUUUGAAGCCAAUGACAGGGUUCUGGCUCCCAUAGUCCACGACCUGACCGAGAUCGACUACGAUGACUACUUCAUCUCUGCCCCCAAGCAAGCCCGUAGUGGCACCGCCGCAUUCUACUACGUCCUCCUCCCAUCCUACAACAUCGACACCGAGUUGUCGAACUUCCUAUCGCAUCUCGAAGAGACCCACCACGAUUUCCGAAUAGACGAUCAGUCGCUAUCAGGCCUGGCAGGAUAUAGCGUCUUUGGCUUUGGAGAUCGUCAAGAAUGGCCGACGGAAGAAGAAGGUUACUGCAGUCAAGCGGUUGAGGUGGACCGGUGGAUGGCCAAGCUGACUGGCAAAAAGCGAGCGUAUCCAUUGGGCACGGGAGAUGUGAAGGGCGACGAUGCAGACAUGAGACUGGAAGAAUGGCGGAGGGGUGUAUACAACAUCAUUGAAGAUCUAGGGCGAGGUCAAGGGCUAGGUGUUGGAGUGAUAGGAAGUGGAGACCCUGCAGAAAGUGGCGACGAGGCUUCAGAGGAUGAGGACGAAGAGACACUUUUUCCAGCUCAAGGACGAACGACAAAGCGAAGCACGACUGACGAUCUCGAAGACAUCAAAGCGCCGAUUCCAGUCGACUUCACCACCACCUCGACCAAGAAAGCACCUCAACCAGCUGUUCCGAAAGCCAUGGUGCCCAAAGAGUCGCCCACCUACUCUUCCCUCACCAAACAAGGCUACACAAUUGUCGGAUCACAUUCCGGGGUCAAAAUCUGUCGCUGGACUAAAUCCGCCCUGCGUGGCCGUGGCUCUUGCUACAAGUUCUCCUUUUACGGCAUUGCCUCACAUCAAUGUAUGGAGGCCACUCCGUCAUUAGCGUGUGCAAACAAGUGUGUAUUCUGCUGGCGACAUGGCACAAAUCCGGUAGGGACGAGUUGGCGCUGGACCGUCGAUCCGCCUGACGAGAUUUUCCAAGGCAUGACAGCCGGGCAUUAUCAGAAGAUCAAGCAACUUCGAGGUGUGCCGGGCGUGCGAGCGGAGCGCUUCGCCGAAGGGAUGCAGAUCAGGCAUUGUGCCCUCUCACUCGUCGGCGAGCCCAUUUUCUACCCACACAUUAACGAGCUCCUGGGCAUGCUGCACGCAAGCCACAUCUCAUCGUUCCUCGUAUGCAACGCUCAGCACCCGGAGCAACUCGCGGCUUUGGGGCCUGUAACACAACUAUACGUGUCUAUUGAUGCUUCUAACAAGGACGCACUUCGCAAGAUCGAUAGGCCCUUGCACCGAGACUACUGGGAGCGCUUCACCCAAUGCAUGGACAUCCUACGUGAGAAGCGUCACACCCACCGCACAGUUUUCCGUCUUACUCUGGUCAAGGGCUUCAACAUCGACGACGAAGCCCAAGGCUACGCGGACCUCGUAGAACGUGCCCUACCUGCAUUCGUUGAAGUCAAGGGCGUUACAUACUGUGGCACGUCCACCUCGAAAGGCGCAGGUCUCUCGAUGCAGAACGUACCUUUCUACGAAGAAGUCCGAGCCUUUGUCCUUGCGCUCGAAAGAGAGCUGAAGACGCGAGGUCUAGACUAUGGCAUUGGAGCCGAGCACGCGCAUUCAUGUUGUAUUCUCCUUGCAGAUAAGACGCGGUUCUGGCGUCCUCUUGGAGCAGGCGACGAGCAAAACAUCAGAACGAAGUACGAAGGUGCAGGGAGAUAUCGCACCACCAUUGAUUAUCCUGCUUUCUUCAGGUGUGUUGAAAGUGGACAGAAGUUUGGACCGGAGGAUUAUGUUUCGGAGACCCCGACUGCGGAGUGGGCGCUUUGGGGCAAUGGGGGCUUCGAUCCGAGAGAUGAGAGAGUAGAUAGGAAAGGACGGCCGAAAGAGAUUGAGGAGGUGAAGAGAGUUGUGGAGAUUUGAAUGAUGACACAAACUACGCAAAGCAGGCGACCACGAAUCAAUAAAUCCAGAACCAGUCACUCCACGAGGGAUCCGUAACGAUCAGAAGAUGAAUUCACUGUGAGACCAACUUUGGCAAAGCAUAUUCAGCUACAAGACAAUUCAAUAUGG